GAUCCGUCAAAGAAAUUCGUCAAACUGCGUGACAUCUGGUCGCCGAGAGGAAAGUGCUUUCGUUCGACCCGAGAGGAGAGCGCUUGUUCACACGCCCGUCACAAAGUAUCAAGCUACAGGUUUGCACACCAGUGGGCAUAAUGGAAGACGAGCUGAUGUUCAGCAUGGAGGAAGAGGGCAGCAGCUCCAGGUCUUCGGACAAAAGGUGCGCGCCCAAGCAGCGGGUGUCCUCGCUUACCGACGAUGACGACGGCGAGGAGGACGAGACCUUCAUCUGCUCCAUCCUGGAGGACAACCCCGUCCGAGACAUCUGCCAGUACAUGCAGAACUUGAUCAACAACCGCCAGCUUUCAAACUCGCUGCCCAAGACAGAAUUCUUGUAUAAGAAUCAAACAGAGCAUUUGGCGGAAGGUUCGUACCACGUUUUGUCUGAGAAUGCACGGGAGACGUGGAAAAAUGCCAUCGUAAAGGCCAAAGCCAUGCCGGACCCCUGGGCCGAAUUUCACUUGGAGGACAAAGAGACGGAACCCUGCUUGCGCUACAGGUAUAACGCGAUCACGGGCGAGUGGGCCCAAGAUCGGGUCCACAUCAAGAUGGCCGCCCAGCCAUUUGGCAGAGGAGCCAUGAGAGAGUGCUUCAGAACGAAGAAGCUGUCCAGCUUCUCGCACAGCCACAACUGGAAGAUGGCCUGCAACUACGUGGCCAAGCGCUACAUGGAGACGGUGGACAGGAACGUCUACUUUGAGGACGUGCGUCUGCAGAUGGAGGCCAAACUUUGGGGCGAGGAGUUCAAUCGCCACAAGCCUCCCAAGCAGGUGGACAUCAUGCAGAUGUGCGUGGUGGAGAUGACCGAGAGGCCGGGCAAACCACUCUUCCACCUGGAGCAUUACAUCGAGGGCAAGUACAUCAAGUACAACUCCAACUCGGGUUUCGUGAGGGACGAUAACAUCAGAUUGACGCCGCAGGCGUUUAGCCACUUCACCUUUGAGCGUUCGGGCCACCAGCUGAUCGUGGUGGACAUCCAGGGCGUCGGCGAUCUCUACACCGACCCUCAGAUUCACACAGAAAAGGGAACGGACUUCGGCGACGGGAAUCUGGGCGUGCGAGGGAUGGCGCUCUUCUUCCACUCGCACCUGUGCAACAAGAUCUGCAAGUGCAUGGGCCUGACGCCUUUCGACCUGUCCCCGGCCGAGAGCCAGCAGCUGGACUGUACCAACAAACUUCUGAAGUCCGCAAAGACGGUGCUGAGAGGCUGCGAGGAGCAAUGCGGUUCCCCCCGCGUCCGCACCAUGUCCGGGAGCCGGGCGCCGCCGCUGCUGUCCCGCCUGUCGGAGACCUCGUCGGUCGACGAGAGCAUGAGUGACGUGGACUCGGUGCCUUGCUCCCCGCUGGUGGCGCCCGUGUGCAUGUCAAGGUCUCCAGCCGGCUUAUCCUUCACUGGGAUGUACGAACAGGAACGACUCGACAAUGCAGGGGAACACAGGGAGUCAGACAGCGGCGGGGACAGCGGCUACCCCAGCGAGAGGAGGAGUGAGGGAGACCCCAACGACCACGCAGACGGGGCCCGCCACCACUACCAAAGACAUUAUUCCGAGUCGGACGAGGACAGUGUCAGACGGCUGACCGAGGAGAAGUGGAGCUUCUUCCACUCAUCGCGCGCUCACGUGCACAGAUCCUCCUGCGUGGCCACCGAGGUGGAGCGACUCAGUUCGCUGAUGCAGAAGCACAUCGGGCAGUCCAUCCUGGGGAAGGUUCACCUGGCCAUGGUGCGCUACCACGAGGCGGGACGCUUCUGCGAAAAGGACGAGCAGUGGGACGAGGACUCGGCCAUGUUUCACCUGGAGCGAGCCGCCCAGUGCGGCGAGCUGGAGGCCAUCGUGGCCAUCGGCCAGUGCUGCCUGCAGCUGCCCCACCACAUCCUGCCCAACAUGGAGCUGGAGGAAAGCGCAGGAAACAAAAUGAAAGGCUUCAAGUACCUCCUGCAGGCUGCCGAAGCCGGCGACAGAUCUUCAAUGAUCACGGUGGCCCGAGCUUUUGACACGGGAGUCAAUCUGUCAGCUGACAGACAGCAAGACUGGGAGGAGGCGAUCCGCUGGUACGACAGCGCGUUGAACAUGGACGAGCACGACGAGGGCGGCGAGUUCGACGGCAUACAGGAUGACCCUCGUUACCUCCUGCUGGCCAGAGAGGCCGAGAUGUUCAUGGUGGGGGGCUACAACCUCGCCGCGGACCCCCAGAAAGCAGGCGAUCUGUUUACAGAAGCCGCAGAAGCUGCCAUGGAGGCCAUGAAAGGGCGCUCGGCAAACCAGUACUACAUGAAAGCCGAGGAGGCGUGGGCGCUGAUGGAGGAGUAACGGCACUCGUUGCGCACUUUUACCACCCAAAAAUUAAAAAAAAAAAAAAAAGUUUCAUAUGUCCUGCCAGAUGCUGAAUGGGUUGCGUUUACAUAUUUUUUUAUAUAACAGGUUUUUAGCUAACGGUGCUUUGCGUGACUAUGCAUGUUUAAUCCUUUCACCAUUUAAGAUUCUUCAAAUCUUCAGCGCAAGAUUCUCUUUUUUCGGGGAAGUUACUCUUUUAUUGUUGAGUUUGUAUUCUGUGAAUGUGGUCCGUGGAGCCAAAAACAAUCCAAUUGUUUACUUAACACAUUUCUGUUGGAAGAGUGUGUCUAAAAA